AUGAGCUACUGGACAGAACUAUGGGCUUGGAUAUUGAAAGAUCCUGGCAAAAUAAUACGUUAUGUGGUCCUAUUUGUGUGUUCUAUUAUUGUGAUUGUGCAGUUGUCCGAAUGCUUUUCCAAACUGUAUAACCCACCGCUUUCAACUCAUUCAUAUUUUAAUUUGAACGACACUGUGGAAAUGCCGGCUAUCACCAUUUGUCGUGAACCUCCCUACAAGGAAGAUGUGUUAAAUAAUCUUUCGAAAGGUACUUGCCCACAUCCGAAAUAUGUGACCUGCUGGCAAAAGUAUCCUUUCAACCAACUGGAACUGGAGGAAUUCUUUAUGAAUUCAACAUUCGACUUCGAAGAAACUUUCUUGGGCGAGCAAUAUGGACUCAAUGGCUUGAAAGAGAAUUUAGAAAUCGAAAGCAACUUACAUUUCUAUUUGGGCCGCUGUUAUACACUGAAGCCUAAAGUCGAAUUGAGCCGCACUACCCGCUCAUCUGGUUAUUCUCUAAUGCUUACGCAUCACAUUGAUCCCAGCUCGAGUACGGACAUGACAUUGGAACAAAAUCCAGGGUGGCACGUUUACAUACACGAUUUCCGGCAUAACUUCACGGAACUCAAUGUAAAGGGCGCCAGUCGCACAGAGUAUAUUUUUGCUGAAAUUAAUGAGGAAAUCGAAAUAAAACUACAGAGCCAACAUUUCACGAAUGUUAAAUCCAGAGAUACGCCAUGUUCCUACCUAUCCAGUUACAGCGAUAUGAAGUGUGCUGAGUUGUGUGUCUUCGAGAACCUCGCUGCUUCGAUCAACUGCACUGGUCCUUGGAUGUACGGUAUACCCCAACAGCCAUGCAACACAAGCACAAAUAUGCGGCAUUUAAUAAAGGAGUAUGGCGUCUACUACGAUAGCGAUGAUGAUAUAGAAUGCGAUUGCAUAAGCCCUUGUGAGGCGCGCAUUUAUUCCACCUACAUACAAAAUCGAAAAACACUUAGUUUGGGCCAGCCACGCACUCAAAUAUGGAUAUAUUAUUCCACAAAAUUAGUAACGAUGAUCGAAGAGAGUCUCAGCUAUGAUACUACACAAUUUAUUGCUGAUAUUGGCGGCUCGUUAGGUUUCCUCUUGGGUCUCUCAGUGCUAGGCUUGAUCGGCUUAAUGGAACAUAUAGCCUUAUUUUUCUGUGGUGGUAUUAUUAAAAAACAAUUAAAACAUGAACAACAACUGCAGGACGAAGCAGAACGUCGAUCUCAAACCAGUGCAACAACCGAUACAACAGUAGAUAUAGCCACCAUAACCAAAGAGAAGGAAUUAUAUAUGAAAAAGUGAAUAUUUUCUUGGUAUCCUUUGAGAAAUUUU